AUGGCCGAACACGGCGACGGGAACAUCAAGGUCGUCGUCCGAUGUCGCCCUCUCAACUCCCGCGAGCUCGCACGCGGCGCACGGCCCCUCAUCCGCAUGCAGGGCAACCAGACACUCCUUGAUCCCCCUGAGGCCGGCUCGCAGCAGGAAAAGGCGUCCUCGGGCCGCGCGACGGAGCGCAAGACGAUGGCAUUCAGCUUCGACAAGAGCUACUGGUCCGCGGGCCCGCGCGACGAGCCCGGGUACUGCUCGCAGCAGACCCUGUUCGACGAUCUCGGCAAGGAGCUGCUCGACCACGGCUUUGCGGGGUUCAAUGCGUGUAUUUUAGCUUAUGGGCAAACUGGUACGCCUCGCAAUGACAUUGACCCACGGCGCGCAUAUCCAGACGGCCCUGACAAAGGCAUCAUCCCGCAGACAUGCUCCGAGCUCUUCGUGCGCGUCGACGACAAGAAGGCGAAAGACCCGCUUUUGAGCUUCACUGUAGAGGUAUCGUACAUCGAGAUAUAUAAUGAGAAGGUGCGCGAUCUGCUGAACCCGAAGAACACGGGGAACCUCCGUGUGCGCGAGCACCCGAGCCUUGGGCCAUACGUCGAAGACCUGUCAAAGCUCGCAGUGAACAGUUACGAGGAGAUGAUGACGCUCAUGGACGAGGGGAACAAAGCUAGAACGGUCGCGGCGACCAACAUGAACGAAACCUCCUCGCGUUCUCACGCCGUCUUCACCCUCAUUCUCACCAUGAAGCGCCACGACGUCGACACUAACCUCGAUACCGAGAAAGUGUCACGCAUCAGCUUGGUCGAUCUCGCCGGUUCGGAACGCGCCAAUUCGACGGGCGCGACGGGCGCGCGACUCAAGGAGGGUGCAAACAUCAACAAGUCGCUCACGACGCUCGGGAAAGUCAUCGCCGCGCUGGCGAUCGCGUCGAACAACGACGGGAAGAAGGGGAAGAAGAAGGGAGACGACUUCGUGCCGUACCGGGACUCGGUGUUGACAUGGCUGCUGAAAGAUUCACUAGGAGGAAACUCGAAGACGGCCAUGAUCGCUGCAAUCUCGCCGGCGGACUACGAGGAGACGCUGUCGACUCUGCGGUACGCCGACCAGGCGAAGAAGAUUAAGAACAAGGCCGUCGUCAACGAGGACCCGAACGCGAAGCUGGUCCGCGAGCUGAAGGAGGAGCUGGAGAUGCUCCGAGCGCGCGUCGCUGGCUCGACGAGCGAAGCGGUCUACGACCCUAAGAUCCCGCCAGAGAAACAGAAGGUGACGUACCAGGCGAAGGACGGAACGAUCAAGACGGUCACCAAGGCCGAGCUGCAGGAACAGCUCGAGACGAGCGAGAAGCUGAUGCAGGGCCUGAACGAGACAUGGGAGGAGAAGCUGCAGCGCACGCAGGAGGUGCAGAAGGAGCGCGAGAAGGCGCUCGAGGAGCUCGGUAUCACCGUCGAGAAGAACAACGUCGGUGUGCACACGCCCAAAAAGAUGCCGCAUUUAGUGAACCUGGUAUAUCCCCUCAUGAGCGAGUGCUUGAUCUACCAGCUGAAGCCGGGGCGCACAGCCGUCGGACGCAUGGAAAGCGAAAAGCCGGUGCAUAUCCGCCUUAGUGGCGACAACAUCCUAGAGGAGCACUGUUACUUCGAGAACACGGACGGGAAGGUGAUGCUGCAUUCGAUAGGCGGCGGCGUCACGUUUCUAAAUGGGAAACAAAUAGCAGCUGGACAGCCCUACAAACUGCGUUCCGGCUUCCGUAUCAUCAUCGGGGAGCACCAUGUUUUCCGAUUCAAUAACCCCGAAGAGGUGCGCAAGCAGCGGGAUCGGGCGACUAUGAAGUCGAGUCUACAAACAAGCACGACAGCGUCCGACCUCGAGGGCCCUGGUGAGAACGGGACUCGGCCCCAUUCGCCGACCGCGUCCUCUGCCGAUAUGGCCGACGUGGACUGGACGUUUGCAAAGCGCGAGGCGGCAUUGGCGCGUCUGGGGCUCGACCCCGCACUCGACAGUCUUCCGGACGAGGACUUGAACAAGCUGUUUGAGAAAAUCACCAUCGUGAAGACGAUGCGCGACCACAACUCGAAGCCGCGGCCUGAGAGCAGCUUGAGUCAGGCCGACGAUAUCUGGAGCGAGUCCGGCCGGCCGUUCUCGAGCGAUGCUCUCACCGAUGACACGAGCGUGGACGCGCUGCCGAGCCAGGGUAGCCCUGAUGUCGACGGGUUGAAAGACGUGCAGAACCAGCUUGAGACGCAGAGGCAGGAGUUUGAGUCUCGGCUACAGGCGAUCUCAGAGUCGACCGAGGCGGAGGACCUGAAGGAGGAGAAGGAUCACAUGCAGCACCAGCUGAAGCUCGUGCAUAUGCACAUGAAACGGCUGUUGGAUGCACGGGCGCGAGGUGAGGCAGACUCCGAAAUGGAGGCAUUCGAGCCGGUCAUCUAUUCGGCGAAGCAAUUGCGCCUGAUUCGGAACGUGCUGGACAAGUGGAGGGCUCACCGGUCCUUUUCCAUGGCCGAAAUUGUUUUGUCGAACGCUGUCCUGAUGAAGGAGGCUAACGUGAUCAGUAAGGAGCUCAAGAAGGACGUGUCAUAUAACUUCACAGUUGCAUCGGGGGGAUCUCUGGCAGCGCCGGCAUCGUCCGUCAACACCAUCGCAGGACUGGACGAGUUCGGGGAUGUCGCCGACCCCGUUCUCGCAUCUGCGACUCAGCCGUCGGUGGCCGUCAAGGUCCUGGACAAACGGCAUAAUGCCAUCUACGUCUGGUCAUUGGAUCGUCUACAUCAGCAGGUCCAGCGAAUGCGUAACCUCACGACGUUCAUCGACCGCCCUUCAUACUCACAGCAUUUCUCCUCCGAGGAGCCCUUCUACAAUUCGCCUCCGCCAGAAUAUUCCUUCAUUGGGAACGCUCUGAUCUCCCUCGCACCUCUCUCGCGCCGCCUCUCGUCGACGUCGACGGUUCCUAUAUUCUGCCGUUACACUGCUGAAGCCAUCGGGUCGUGUAGAGUGGACAUUAAACUUGUUAACGUCGUCUUGCCUUCAAAACACAAUGGUUCCUCAUCCGCCUCCACUCGCUCUUCGUCACCCGUGCCAGGCACACUGCUCCCUGGCAGUAAAGUCAGCUUUUUCUUGACUGUCGACUCCGUCAAGGGCCUCUCGCCACAUGAUUUCUCUGCCAUGCACCUCCAGGUCCGCCUGUCAUCGUUUGUGGGAUCGAGCCUGAAGUCCGAGGAGAUCUUCCAUUCCAAUUCAGUCGAUCUAAACUCGUCUUCUCCGUCCUCUCUCAAGUUCCGGCGCAGCUUUUCAAUUGUAGUGACCUCUAAGGUUCUAACCUACAUGAGACAGGAGUACGCGCCCGUCGAGUUCUUCGCCUCUUUACGCCCACAGUAUCUGGAGCGAAUGGAGCGGUGGGACGAGAUGCGCGAACAGAAGGCGUACUUCCCCACGAGGUCUAACACUCCGGCGUCCGAUACGAGAUCCAGCAGUUCACAGCCUAUGCGCCGUUCGGAAACGGACUUCGUUAUGGAGCAGUCGCAUGACGUGGUGGCAUGGCUGCAGAUUCGCGAGCUGGGACCUGAUGGGCAAUACGUUCCGGUCCCAGUCAUCUCGCAAGGGAACCUAGACCCUGGCGCCUUCAACCUGCACCAAGGCCUGCAACGGCGCCUGGUUCUGACGCUUACAUCUAAUUCCGGCCGCCAACUUCCGUGGACGGAGAUGGUUCGGAUACGAGUAGGGAACGUCCGUCUUCUAGAUACAAAGGGCCGACUACACGAGUCCUCGUCGAAGCCACUGGUGACUCUCCCGUUGCUGCAAGAUCAGACCACCGAAUUCAAGCCUGACGGCUCAGGCUUCUUAUCUGCCGAGGCUCUGUGGGAUUCUAGCGUACACGACUCGCUGUUGCUCAAUCGAGUGACGCCGGCGUCUCAGCGCGUCCUAUUGCAGGUCGCCUGGUCAAUUGCCGUAGAAAGCUGCAGCGAUCCUGUCCAAUUUUCGAUGGACAUGGCUGUGAUGAUGCAGACACGAGACGCGCGCCCUCCGUCAAAAAUCUAUGCUAUGCUAAGCUCUAUGCGGAUCUUGUCGAAGACCAGCAAUGUGUUUCAUGUCCGUCUUUCGCCUCCGUUGACUCGGUCGCCAAAAGACCUUUGGCGCUUAGACACGUCGGAGAAAUACGUGCGAGGCGAGGAAGCGUUGGGCAGCUGGAAGCCGAGGGGACUAUCGAUUGUCGAAGAUUAUUCGAGGCUUGUGACUAUGGAGCGCCGAGCGGCAGAUGUUCAAGCCAUCCGAGUGAUUUUAUCCAGUUCUGCUCACGGCGCCCAGAUAACGCAAUCCGGAUCAGCUGCCAUCUGGGGCUCAGAAGAUCUGGUGCAGAAAUCUUUGGACCUCUGGCAAAAACGGUUGGGACAUCAAGGCGAUAUUGUACUGAGCCAAGAACCCGCUGACGCGAAUGAACCGCAUGGGCCGGCUUCGAGGGCUGCCAGUGACUCAAUGGAACCUUUACAACUCGUCUCUAGCACCAAGCUCAUGCCGCGGAGUGACGUUCCAACCAAAAAGGGACAUCUCAUGAUUAUGGUAGAUGCAAAUGAAGAUAUUUGGGAGAGGCGGUGGUUUGUUCUGCGAAGACCAUAUCUGCAUAUCUACAUGCAUUCAAACGAGCUGGAGGAAGUCAGUGUCAUCAGCCUCGAUGGUGUGAACGUGGAAAGUAAUCAAGAGAUGGAAGCACUCCUGGGGAAACGAUUUGCCUUCACCCUAUUUACUUCGUCUAAUUCGCACGCUCUCGCUGCGCCUAAUCUGAAAGAAAUGCAAUCAUGGACAUCUAAGCUGGAUCCUACGCGGUUGCCGUCUUGACACCACAUUCCCUUCUCAGGUUUCUUCGUUGCUGUGGUCAUAUAUACCGUACUUCUACUGGAGAUAUUGUCUAUUUGACAUGACAUUUAUACCCUCGUAUUCACUCAUUUAUGUUGUUUAGAUCUCAUAUUGCCUCAUGUAUGUCUGCAGACCAAUCUAAGUACCAGUCAUGACUUUACGACAUAUUAUCAUUCUUUUUCUUGGCACCUCGUCGACUACAGAUUGAACUAAAUAAUAUAGGCGAGCGUGAUGAUCU